ACAAUAUAAAACAGUCAAUCAUUUGUAUUUUCUGGACACAGUGAAGGGACUUGGCUUGAGACUUUCUCGUAUUGUUUGAAGUACAUAAUCACUGGCAGAGGUAACAAGAGAAACAAAAAGCCAAUAAAAUCGCGUCUAGAAAACACAGGAUUACAGAUCUGUCAUGGCCAAAAGCCUUCUCCGUUUACAAGUGUGGCCAGCUCGAGUGGAGGUGCGUGAUUGUGUGACGUAUGACGUGCCUGCCGCUCCAUAGCAUGGCCUCAGGCGCCCCCAACCAGUCUCGGGAAUGUGUCUAUUUGCAGGAUGGCCCAGACAGCCAGGCGCUUUAAUAAAUGCCGGCUCAAAGGCAACACCACGGUGCACUGUCUCUUUAAUGCGCGCUCACAGCUCUUCCCGAAAGUGCGCGACUCAACCAUCCGAAACAAAAGAUAGCUGCUUUGACGUCAGAGACUGGUGGGACUACCCAUAACCAGAAAGAGGCGUGGAUUCAGUCGGGACCCAAUAGGCGCCUUCAUUUUUCGCCUAACACGAUGGCGUUAUGAAUUGUGGAGGAGAGGCCUGGAACGCAAGAGUAAACGCUAGGGAGCUCUCAGGUUGGACGCGUCGUGCGGCCGCGCUCCCGGAAUACGCUGUCUGUCUGGGUCGCUCGUGGUCGCGCGGGUUGUGGGCGCUGUGCGGCUAUUACUAUGGCGGAGCUACCGGCCUUCUUCUUCUUCAUCGCCUUUAGCCUCCUACUCCUCGGAGGAGGCCCCAGCUUUGCGGAUGAGCUUAGAUGUAUGUGCUCCAACUGCAUCCAGUCAAAUUUCACGUGUGUUACAGACGGUGCCUGCAUGGUUUCUAUCUCCAACGUCAAAGGCAAAGAAUAUCAUUUGCGAGCCUGCAUUGGUCAGGAGGAUCUUGUUCCUCCUGGAAAACCAUUUUAUUGUCUUAGCUCAGAAGAUAUCCGCAACACCUACUGCUGUUACACGGAUUACUGCAACAAAAUUGACGUAGGAGUGCCAACUGGACAAAUUACAGUUGACUCUCCUUCAGGCUGGGGUCCAGUGGAGCUUGUAGCUGUUAUUGCAAUCCCAGCAUUUCUCCUUGGCGUCAUCCUUAUUGUUGUAGUCUUGUUUCACUGUCACCAGCGAGAUUAUCACAACCGGCAGAGACUUGACUUGGAGGAUCCAUCAUGUGAAAUGUAUCUCGCAAAAGAUAAAACCCUACCAGACUUGGUCUAUGAUCUUUCCACGUCUGGUUCUGGCUCAGGGCUACCGCUUUUUGUUCAGCGAACUGUUGCAAGGACUAUUGUUUUGCAAGAGAUAAUUGGGAAAGGGCGUUUUGGUGAAGUUUGGCGCGGGAAGUGGAGAGGCGGCGAUGUUGCAGUGAAAAUUUUCUCCUCCCGAGAAGAACGUUCAUGGUUUAGAGAAGCCGAAAUCUACCAAACUGUUAUGCUGCGGCAUGAAAACAUCCUAGGAUUUAUUGCUGCAGACAACAAAGACAAUGGCACCUGGACCCAGUUGUGGCUCGUUUCUGACUAUCAUGAACAUGGCUCACUGUUCGACUAUCUCAAUCGAUAUACAGUCACUAUUGAAGGGAUGAUAAAGCUAUCUCUUUCUGCAGCGAGUGGGCUUGCCCAUUUGCAUAUGGAAAUUGUUGGCACACAAGGAAAGCCUGGAAUUGCUCAUAGGGAUUUAAAGUCCAAGAAUAUUCUGGUAAAGAAGAAUGGAAUGUGCGCUAUUGCAGACUUGGGUCUUGCUGUAAGACACGAUUCUGCCACUGACACUAUUGACAUUGCUCCAAACCAGAGAGUUGGGACCAAAAGGUAUAUGGCUCCUGAAGUCUUGGAUGAGACCAUAAACAUGAAACAUUUUGAUUCCUUCAAAUGUGCUGACAUUUACGCUCUGGGUUUGGUUUACUGGGAAAUUGCCCGCAGGUGCAGUGCAGGAGGUUUUCACGAGGACUAUCAGCUUCCCUUUUAUGACCUUGUUCCUUCAGAUCCAUCAAUUGAAGAAAUGAGAAAAGUAGUGUGUGACCAGAAGCUGCGGCCAAACAUACCUAAUUGGUGGCAAAGUUAUGAGGCUCUCCGAGUUAUGGGGAAGAUGAUGAGGGAGUGCUGGUAUUCCAAUGGUGCAGCCAGGCUGACGGCUCUGCGCAUUAAAAAAACACUGUCACAGCUCAGUAUACAAGAAGAUGUGAAAAUAUGAAAACUCCCAAAAACUCCCCUGAGAAAAUGUGGAAAAAUCAUACAAGCUGCCAUGAUGUAGUUCAUAAGUAUGAGGCCUACCUCAGAGUUUUUUCCCAGACAACUGCCAGUUGAACAGAGUGGGGCCUUUUGGGUCACAAUGGAAGAGAACAGCACACUGCAUAAAAUUCUAGGUUUGGGUAUGAAACAGGAAACCUCCCCCACCCUUAAUCCACCCCCUCCCCCCAACAGAAGAGCAUGAAGAUACAAAAUCAACCAUAGUUGAUUGCGGCAAUGCCUAAUUUUUCUUUUAAAACGGGAUAUUCACAGCGGCACCCCUCUCAUCUGUGUAGGCCACUUUAUCUAGCUUGUAUGUUUGAAAAGGUUCAGGUUAUUGGCCACUGCAUAAGACCACACUCAUUCAUGUAACUGGGUCAAGUGUUAUUGAGCAAGCUGAGGGACUUACUCAAGUCACAGACAAGGAGACUUGCCUUUUUGAGGAUGGUUUAAUCUCACUUUCGGGCAAUGUAAAAAGUGACUCUGGAGCUUGAAAGGAAAGAAUACACAGACUGCGUCCAUGCAUGUGCAGGUUGUGUGUCGCUCUUUUUGACCUGUGUCUUGUAGGUGCACACGUGUACAUGUGAGCUUGUCUGCAUGCGCAAAUAUAAAGCUCCACUGUUAGAGGUGUCUCUUUAGGUCACCUUAGUGACAUCUUCAUGUAUUUUUGCAUACAGGGCCACUUGUCACCUAGUUUUUGCAAAAUCCGACUUCAAGCUGAUUUUUUUUUUUUUUUUUUUUUACAUCUCGUCACCGCUUCCUAAAAAAAAAACCAGGAGAUUGAUGCUGGUGAUAACUAUUGGCAAUAGAAAUCUUAUCAAUAACAGACCCUCAGCUUGCGCUGUCCAAGUGGAUUAGAAGAGAGGCGGAGAACCUGCAAAAAUCCAUCGUUUGUCAAUGAAUCUCAGGUGUCAAGCAUUUGCCAACAGCAGGAAUUUUGAUGUUUGUGCUCAUUAACCAGGCAUCAAGGAGACCUGCUUCCUUCUGGCCUGCUUUCACGAAGAUGUCCUACUAUAGGGAAGCGCUAUUGAUCUGAUAAGGUGUGGAUGAGUAAUUCAAGCAUGCGCCUGUGCUGGGCACCCGCUCCAGGGUUCGGCCAUAGGCAGAAAAAGGUGCACAGUUUGUAUCCGAGCGCCACAUCACAUUUUAAUACAGGAUCUUAGUUGAAUGGGAUACAAUUUGGUUCAACAUCUACACGACAAUAACUCUAAAGCCAUAACUUUUAACUGGAGUAUUUUUUGAGACUUUGUUUUUGUUCUUUUUUUUCUUUUUUGUUUUCCGUUUUAGG